AUGAAAUCAUGCAGGGAAAUCUCCAAACCUUUGGAGGUGAUCGACGAUCUGUUUGCACCAUAUGCAGACUCUUAUAACACUGGCCUGGCUGGCACGCUUCCUCCACGUGAAUGGCGAGAGAAGGCCCACUUCAUUCGCUUUCUGCAACUUCAAGACGAGGACAACUUCCGACACAUUCCUUGCCUCAACGAUCUCAACGAGGAGGAACUUGAGAGCGUUGCACACCAAAGCCUUGUGCGAUAUCGAUGUAUGGUACAGGAUGUGCUGGAACCAGAAGUUUUUUCCUCUUUGCUGGUUCAGACAGAUUCAUAUGGUAAGGCAAAGCUCCUGACAACCAAGUACCGUGAGAUUUGCAGUGCGGAAAAUGUGAGCGAUUUGGGAAACCAAGGGCUUGGGACCCGAGGAGUCUACUACUGCGUUCCGAUGCCAGGAGAAAGCGUUUGGGCACACGCUCCAGGCAGAUCGAGUGUACUGACGGCUAAAUCUGUGGAACCAGAGACGUGUGAAAGGCCACCAAAGCAGCGCAGAGGUGCCGGUGGUACAAAGAUUCUGUGCUCAGACAUUGACCCCUGUGACCAGCUUGCCGAGUCUGCGGAGCCUCAGGCUCUGUGUAGCUUCAAAUCCUCUAAAUUUUCCGCUGGCUUCGUAUCCUGUGUCGUGAAACUCUAUGAUGCAGACGAGGAGAUUUUGAGACUCUGCGAGACGGUGGAGAUACUGGGUGUGUUUUGCAUGGAUUGCAAUCAGCCACCUGCAGAUCUGUGUGAUGAGGGCGACAACCUGCCAAGGCUUCACGGCCUCUUCGUUCGGAAGCUGCCGUUUUUCCACCCCAUGUUGCCUUUUAGCCCGCGCUGGCUUUCUGAAGGUCGGCUGGUGUGUACCGUACAAAGGCGUUUUGCUUCUAGUGCCAUUGGCAAGCUGCGUGGUUUGGCCAUCAAAUCUUUGCAGAAGUGUUUGGCUGGCGAUGUGCUGGCGGCAGAGUACAUCCUCGCUUUGUCUGUGGCUCGAGUCUAUGGCAACAAUGGGAACAGAUCACUAGGGCACUGGUCUUUGAACAUUAGCGGGUGGCCCGAAGACCUGUCUGUUGCUGCUCUGGUUGAGGCGAUUUCCAACUUGCUACCACGGGUGGUACAUCUACCAGUGACGGCUCAAUCUUUAAGCACUGAGCAAUGGAAACCGCGAAAAGACUUUGAGGCGAAUCGCUUGCAGACGGGUCAGUUGCAACUAGCACCUGGCACACUGCUGAUUUUGGACGAGACAAAUAUGGAAGUUGGGAAGUUGGAUGAAGCUGGUGUCAAAGCAUUGCGAGCCAUUCAAGCUUUGGAUUCAGAACAGAUGCUUUUGAUUGACUUUGACAGAUACGAAGUCCAGAUUCCUUUGGAGGUGAACUGCCUGUAUGUAUCAAACAAGUCAUCGAUGUUGAAAAAUGCCGACAUUCUUUUGCCCCUAAGACCACAAUUGAACAACGUUGACUAUCCAGAAACUUCUGCUGGCAGCUUGGAGGCGCUUCGGUUCCUGCUUGGACUUGUAUCACACCGAACACAGCCACUGCAUUUGCAACAGAUCAUGGGAGCCUUUAGCGAAGACUUUGCUCAUAUGCGCGACGAGUUCCGAGAUAUGCAUCUGGGGCAGCAUACUCUUCACGUUUGGGUAGCUCUAGCCAGAGCUUGCUGCUAUACCCAUGGGGAAGAAGAGAUGACUCUUCAACGCGUUGCCGACGUUGCAUUGAAGGUUAAGUAUAGGCGGAGAUCUGAGACACGUGUGCAGGCGAACGGCCCACAGCGAGUCCGCUUUGAUGCCUUCCGGAGGACCCGAUCCACGAUCCAAGAGGCCAUCUCUGCCAAGGACAAGGCUCUGCUGGAGAAAGCCUACGAGCUUCGAGAGGAGUCCCGAAUGGAGGAGGAGAAUGCGCAAGGCGACAAUGCAGUGGCCGUGCUGUUCCGCGAUGCUUCCAGGCAAAACCGUGGCUUCCUCGUCAUCGGGGUAGCUCAAGAUAAUGGCAUGCGCUGGAGCGCUCCAGCGCUUCUGAGUUCGUCUGCAGUUUUCGGUCCUGUGUUGGCUGAGCUAGACUCUGACCUGGCCAUCGCUUACAGGACGGACGAUCGUGGCGGCGAUGGUGUACUUCUGGCUGCAAGGCGAGAUGCGGAGAACAGAAUCCAGCUUGGACCUCCGCGCGUUUUCACACACUACCAGGCGCAGAGCAUGUCCCUUAUUGCCCUGCCGCAGUCCAGGGUAGUGGUCCUGUUCGCUGAACAUCAACCAAACAAGGUUGCUCCUGGAAAAUGGGAGCACUUUGGCACGUCCCUUCUUGCAGAUAUCUUGCCAGAUGAGAGACUGGGUGGGCAGAUGGUGCCGCGAGUGCUUGGAAAGUAUCAUUUCGCACAGGGUGCAGUCUCCCGCAUUAGCGCAGCACCUCUUUCGUCCAAGCUUUUUGCGAUUGCAUACAGACAGGGCCGAAGUCAGAACAUGGAGAAGGUAGACGACAAGUCUCCGUCACGUGAGGCCAGUGUCUCUCUGGUGUUGGCCUUAGACAGGGACACAAAGAGGUGCCACAAGCCCUGGCCGACCAAACUGGAGUGUACUCUACUAAGGCCGAGCUCUGGGGUUCGGAGCUGGUCUUCACCACCAAGUCGCUUUCUUUGGAGCCUGGAACCUGCGGGACAUCUGGGGACAUCUGGGGACAUCUGGGGACACCAUGACGGGGGCCACUCAUGCCACGUCGAAGUCCAAAGGCUGUAG